UAUGGGGCUGGGGGGUGGUUAUGGGUCUGGAGGUGGUUAUGGGGCUGGAGGAGCUAUGGGGCUGGGAGGGAGUGGUUAUGGGUCUGGAGGUGGUUAUGGGGCUGGGGGUGCUGUGGGGCUGGCCGAGCUAUGGGGCUGGGGGUCUCUAUAGGGCUGGGAGGGCGCUAUGGAGUUAGGGGGCUCGGUUAUGGGUCUGGAGGUGGUUAUGGGGCUGGGGGGGGGGGGGGGCGUCCUGGCCCCGCCUCCCCCCCCGCCCCGCCCCCCCCGCCCCAUACAUCCCCUCCCCGCCCCCCAACCAGGCGCCUGGUGGCCUCGGCCGGCGGUUGGACGACCUUGUUGCUGGGCGCCCUCUUAGUGGCCGCUUUGCCCCUGGCCCGUCCGGGCGUGGCCGCCCUUCUCCGCGCCGUUGGGCGGUGGGCGGUGGGCGUGGCCCUGGCUCGCUCCGCCCCUCGUUUCUUCGCCGCCUUGGAAGCCGCCACCGGCCGUUGUUUGAGCCCCGUGGCCGGCGGGAUCCUCCUCCUGCCCCACGGCGACCCACGGAGCUGUCGGGCCGAGGGGCAUCGGUGGGAGGGGUUCGGGGCCUCCCCCCAAGCUUUCGCCUUGGUUCAUUGCGGCUUGGGAUUGGCCGAAGAGGCCGGGGCUUUGGGGCGGAUCCUCUACCCGCCCUGGCGAAGGAAAUGGGGGCGGGAAGGAGCUCGGCGGGCGGGGGUGGGGCCGCGGGGAACCUCAGCGAAUGGGGUGGAGCGGUGAAGGACGUCAGUGGACGGGGUGGGGCCGCGAAGGAGCUCAGCCAAUGGGGUGGGGCCGCGAGGGAGAUCAGCCGACGGGGUGGGGCCGCGAAGGAGGUCAACGAA